AUGUCAAGCCGACCGGAAAUGGGCACAGAUGAAGUGGCUGGCAAGGCUAAACGACACUUCGACGAGUUUGAAGUAAGUCCUGAUCACUACCCCCCAUGCAUGUGAUAGUAAAGGAUAUUUGGUCAGCUUGAACAAAACGGCAUUUAGACCGUUAACGUCAGUGGUGCCACCGUGUGCCCCACAAUAGGGUGAGAGCAGGGACGGGGACUUCCCCGUGAAAUAGUUUUUAGUGAUAGUAAAUUUGCGAAGUACCUACCGCGUUCCCUACUCACCCACUUGGACCAUUUGUUAAGACACAGUCAGGGCAACCGAUAGCAGAGAAAGACGCAGGUUGUUGGCACGGCAAAAACCUGCGCCUAGGCGGGCCACGAGGCACCCUGGUCCAAGACAAACAGUGACGAUGAUGUUUCACAACACGAACAUUUGAUGAGCGACGCGCAUGCAGGUUAGCACAAAGUGCGUCUGCAACUAGGCCCGCCGCCACAUCCUCAGCGUCGGCGUUUGUUAUGGGUGCGCAUUUCCGAUAACGUCUGUCAGGAUACGAUCUAGUCCCUGUGUCGGUCCAGCCCAUCUACCGAGUGGACCGUUUUAUGGGCAGAGCACGAUAGUUUGAUCGUCGAUUCCGACGGUUUCUACCAUGUACUCCACGGCAAGGCGUGAGCAGAGAUAAUGACUCGCGAGUUAUGUGGUUUUGGUGGCAGUAUACUUGAGCUGCAUCUAUUGCACUCUCUUCUCCUCCCGUAUCCGCACCCGGUGUCGAGACAGAGUAAAGGUAACUCGAGGCGGGAGAGGGCGCAGGUGGCUGGCACGACGUAAACCCGCACCUAAGAAUGCUACCACAUCCCGGGUCCACAACAUGCACCGACGAGGAUUUUAUAAGACAUGGAAAAAGAGCAGUUCCGAUCCCAAAUUCGCGAGUUAUAUGUGCCAGUUUUCAAUCAACAAGAAGUGUUUCGGUGUCAAAUGACAGUUGAAAGAGGAAGGAUGUUCACUGGCAAGAUCUUUGAUUUUUCGUGGGAUGUUUUUUGCUCUUGGUGACUUCGAUCCGUUCAAUGACUAAUUCCCUUCAUAUAAGAUGUUCUUAAAAGAAUAUAUUAUUUAUGCAUGGGGUCAGUAGUUUUUCUGGGGAGGGAAAAAACCUUGUCUCGUUAUGUAAACCGGUUGGAAAAACUGUGAAUAAUGCGCAACCUUAUCCCUGCUAUUCGCAAUUUCAUGACUCGUAUGCUGUUCAACGUGCUUUCCAAGGUCGAGCGAGACGCAAUUAAGGAACUCAGAGUUCACAGAGAUCUCGUUAUCGUGUCUGCGGACAAGGGGCGUUCAGCGGUCAUUUUAGACGGGACAGAAUAUAUUCAAAAAGCCAAAAGUUUGUUGGAGGAUCGUCAGUCCUAUGUCCCUGCGAAAUUACCCCAAUUAAGAAGCUGACAUGCGAGAUCAACGCGACAUUGUUGGCAAUGGAGCAUUCAGGUGCAAUAUCAUCGAUGGACCGACACAUGGCGAGAGCGUAAGUAACGGUCCUGGCCCGAUUCUACGACCUCCCAAAAGCGCACAAAAUGGGCACUCCUCUUCGGCCAAUUGUACCACUAAGAGGCACUCCUGAUUUUGGAUUGUCAAAUUUGCUCUUUCAACCUUUCAAGAUUCUGACCUUCGACUCGAACACCACAGUCAACUCGUCAACACCAUUCUUGAAGAAACUUAAAGGGGUUAGUCUCCUGCCAAGCAACAUCAUGGUAUCCUUUGCUGUUACGUCCUUCGUAACUUCUAUUUCGCAGGACCUGACAGUCGAGGUCAUGGAAAUACUCAUAAGAGACAGAUACAACAAAGCGGAGAAUCAUCUCGGACGCGUCCAAAUCAUCCAAUUCCUGAAGUUCUGACUCGGGGCGUACUUUAGUUUUGAUCGAACAGUCUAUGAGCAGGUUACGAACAUGCCGCUAACUUCAGCCCUCUUCGCCUUUUAUGAGCGCCUAAAUGAUUACAACUUACGAAUUUCGGUUAACGCGAGAUUCCGACUAUAGUUCACGUGAUCGUAAAAUGCUCAUAGUCUUCCCUAAUUGGAAUCUUCGACGGACACAGUAGCUGACGAAGUACCCCGUGAGAUAACGAAUGCUUUGGGUUGUAAAUCACCUAAGAGAGACAUAGUAGUGGCACGUGGCGGUUUUCUACAUCUAAAAGAUAUUUACUUUUGCAUGAGCGAUUGCGGCUAUCAUCGAAAGUAGCUUGCGCAAUGAGUCGGAUGUCCGCAGCAAACAUUUAAAUGAAGUUGUCGUUGUUGUGUCGUUGGCUGCUUUUAAUUUGUGUAAGAAAUAAGAAAUAAUGAAGGAAAAGCAGAGUCCCCUCUCAUAUGAUCAGACAAUACCUCACCAAGUUGUAUUCUAUCGGGGCAUAUUUCAGUCGCUGUCGGCCUGUAUAUCUGGAGAAAACAGUUAAAGCCCUUAAGGCUCCACCUAAAGGGCAUAUAUAUGCCUGAAAUUAGUUAAGUUACAGAAGAAUUUGCAUGCAGUUUUAGUGUGCAAAAUGCAUGAAACUGAUGAUAAACCACAAAUGUUAAAUACGUGAAAAUAUGCCGCUUCUGCGAUACAGUUUAAAAUGUACAUAAAAUCCAGAUGACGGAAAUUUUUAUAAUGAGCGAAGGAGUCGAGGUAAUAACAUGGACAUAUAUCGUUUCAAAUUUAGCCAGUGACGACACAUUAUGAUAAGCGUUUGAUAUUUUGAGAGCCAAUCUUACAAAAUGACAUCAUAGUAUGUUGUUGUUGUCGGGAAGCAUUGAUCAUGUUAAAAGGUGUCGUCUUUUACUUUCCCGUUUAAAAAAAAACAAUUUUAAUUUGAGGCAACGCCGUUUCGACGUUGUACUCCUGCACAGAGCCGUCGGGUGAGGUUUGACAGCUGUUUUUCUCCUUUACCCUCCAGCAGAUCUAGAUCUUGUCUUUUACUCUGCCCUCUUCUGCACUAUUGAAAGCAGGACAUGAAUGCAUGAAACUUCAGUUCAUGAACUUCGAAAAACACAUUUAUGUCAGGAAAGAGGCUAUUUGAACAGUCAGAUUUGACAAAACAAAACUCUAUCCUCAUCAUUCGUCACGACGUUUUUCACUAAUCAGUACGUACAAAAGAAGCAUUCAGAUGACAUUAAUUGAGAAAGAAGGCAAAACCUUACAGGUAAGUUUUCAGAUAUUUGAUAGUUCCGGAUUUCUGUGUUAGGCUGUCGCAUUUUUCCAGACUUCUGAAGCUUCGAAUUGUCCCAUUGAUCUUCAAACCUAUUUUACUGAACUGACACUAAGGCGGGUGAAAGGACCAGGCGCGGGUACUACUUGUUACUCAUUAGUUUAAUUUCCCUUUUGGGGUCAAACUCCAAGCCCACGACCGCCAACCAACACGGCCCCUGCAACAAUCGAUUUGUGUAAUUAUCCUCUUUUUUUCCGUAGCUGGCCGCGUCUCCUGUAAUUUUAUUGUUGGAUUUGGUCUUUCUUGUACCUGUUAAUGGGCAAUAUGUCCCUUCCAUUUUUGUAUUCCUUCUGUUACCACGGUCACUGUUAUAUUUUUUUCUAUUCAGAACAAUAGUAUUGUGGAUAUUGAUUGAGGAUGGAGGUCCCUGGCGCAAACAGUACGGAAUAGCCAGGACACAUGGUAAUUACGGCGUGACUCGUGUAGCGCUUUCAGACCAACUCUAGUGAGUAAACCCACUCAGUUCUUGGAAUCAGAACAGCUGCCAGCACGUUAACAAGACGGCAUGAAUAGAGCUGGACUGAAGAUUCAGAACGGAAUACCCUAGAAUAGGCCAUCAUUCAUCUUAUAACUGACUUGUCAGAACUAGAACGAGAAGCAGAACAGCAGUCAAUGAGGCGGAAUUUAGUGAGAAAAUUAAGUUGGCAUAACAACAGUAGCUGUAAGAAAGCUUAUUCGUCCUUUUCUUUUGUUUACGGGCUUAGUAAACGAUGUCGGAUUUUAAUGGCGACCGCAGCGUUCAUUCACUUUAUUCUUUUUUCUUUCCCUCUAUUGAUUAUUAUGGAUAAAGAAAGCAAAACGUCUGUCUGUAAUGCGUUUAAAAUGAUUGCCAAGGGGAAAAUACCUCCACUUGUGAAUUGUAUGCCCGGAAAGGCAGCGUUUAGAUGUUCUUUGAAUUCCAGCACGCGAUUUCGUUCAAUUACGACGAAGGUACCAUUCACGUGCGGAGUUCAGGACUUCUGUGUGUGAUAUCGGAGGACCAGCGGCUCCAAUCUUUGUAGUACCACCUCGGCUGAGUCCCAAACUAAGCAAAUUCACUGGCUGGCCUUUCACCUGUUCGUAGAUUGUUCUGUCGAGCGUGAAGUACGUCUCUGUUUCAUCCCAUUUGUUCUGUGGGAGUAAUUCGAAGAUCUAUACUGCCAGGACGGGACAUCAAAAUGUACCACGAAGUCACUGGGCAGGAGUCUUGCCCUUAAAGUUUCUCCGGGAAUUAUGUUGAUGAGCUGGCUGAUGUGCGGAUCAGCAGUCAGGAGUUUAAGACGUCAAAAUAGCCUCUUAAUCAGUCCGUAAGAUAGAAUACAUUCGAGUGGUGCGCGGGGUCGGAGAGGAGCGUCCCCUUUGUGUACUUUUGGAAGUUCAUAGAAUCGGGCCAAGGUCACUUCUUGCGCUCUUGCCGUGCGUUGGCCGGUCGGCACAUGAGUUUCCCUUGGCUAAUAACUUCGCAUUGCUUUCGCGUGUCAAUCCGUUUACGGGGUUGAAUUCACAUGGGACCCUCCAGCAAGCUGUUGACUUUCUGAAGUGGUUAGAGCGUUGACUAUACUAAAGCCCUCCUCUUACUGCGUGGGUUCGAAUCCCACCAAGGCGCCGAGUUUUUCAAAUUUGGGUCAAUAUGAAUUUCUGAGGGUAGUCUGUCCUCUCCAAUACGACAGCGGGACGCUCCUUGCCCCCGAGCACGAUAAAGAGGUCUUUGUCGGCCUCCACUUCCCUUUGUUCAUCGCUUUUCACCUUAGAAAGAACUUACGCUGCCUUUGAGCCAUGAGGAGGGACGAUAUUUGAUGUCGAGUAAGAUUUCUCGUUUUGUCUGUCGCUUCCGUCUGACCGAGCAUUGACUCCACUGUUGCAAUUGUGUUUGUAGGUUUUGUAUCAUUUGUGUUAGCUGAAGCCCCAUGCCUUAACACCUUCCUCUAUUCCUCUGUCAGUUCCCCUGACGACAAUUUGCGUCACUAGUUUGUCGUUUGUGGAUGAUGUUGGACCAGGCAGAUUGCAGAGCUGGUUCUCCAGUGCUAAUUCGCUAGUCACUCUCUUUUUGUGGGUUCGUUCGGCCAUCCGCUUUUGAAGCAGUUUUCCACCGUUCUCAGCUACCAAAUCGCAGCACUCGGUCUUCUCUUGGUCUAUCCUCUGGUGGUAUUUUCAUAGCUGCAACCAUCUCUGGUGCUGGACUCGAGUAAUAAUGCGAAAUUUCAGGCCCAAAAAUCUCUUGGUCCAGCGAUCGCAUCUUUUUUCGAAUCAGCAGUUCCGGUGGCAGCCAGCCAAGUUGCCGAGUCGUGGUUAUGCCAAGUCCUUACUGCAAGUAAGGACUCGGAGCAGAGACUGACAAGCAAUCACAUCAAGGACGACCCCCAGCCAACUACUAUGGGCAUGUGGUUGCCUGGCCACUUCGUCCUAUAAAUACAGCGUUCCCUGUGCCCCCACUACCCUUUCCUGUAACCGUCUGUAGUUAUGCGUUUGAGUGAUAAUCCGAAAUGUUAGGCCAAUAAGCCACUUUAUCCAGCUAUUGUAUUCUCCUCUGCGAUGCCUUACGUAUCCUCUCAAGGGACGCUUGUUAUGUGAGGAACGGCUCAGGCACUGUCUGGGGUUUUCGCAUCUCAAUAGCGACAGUCGUUGAGGUCCUCGAAGGGUUCCGCCAAGACAAUGGCUGUCAUUUUGCCGAUUUUUAUGGCAGCUUCAUCAGAAACCGAUCAAGUAACCUCUGUCUUAUCCAGUUUCUAAAUUUUCACCAAUUCAUCGUUAGAUAAGUCAUCUCAAUUUUCUUCUGUUGCAACAACUGAAGCUAAAUCUCACUAAAGAUCCCAGUUUUCAGGCCAACUGGUGGGGCGUUUGCUUACUUUGUCGGAAGAUGACGCAAGGAUUUCAUUGUUAGGUUAUGACUAGAGGCCUGGUUGUAAUCCAACAUCUUCUUAUCUUAAUGGUUCACCAAUGUUGAGCAAACCUACUUAGUGGCAACUCGUGUCUUCUUCGCCUCUAGAAUUUCAGCCAUAGACCCUAAUUUUUCUAUAUUCGCGACCAGUGGUUCUACUGUUUUGAUCCACAUUGAGUCAUUUAGGCCCGAUAAAUCGACCCAUCAUUGAGUUGUAAGAUGAAUAAACUUACAGUCCAUCGGCCACAGACGUGCAACUGGGAGAACGCGAUUUAAACCAUACGAAAAGUACCAGAACAAUGACACGCCUUGGAGUUAGGAUUUUUCCGUCGCGCAAUUGACCUAUAGGAGCUAAAAGAUUGAACUGCAGUUAAUGAAAUAGGUUCAACCAGAGCAGCACAUCCACAUGUUAGUUUUGAAUUUCCGAAUCUGUGGUCGCAAUACAUAUCCCUCCUCUUCGUAUUCUAGGUUCGCUGUGUAUAUCUUGAAUAUGAAUGUACUUGGGAACGGUUUCUGAAGACAGUAAGCGCUUUUAACUGUGCAUGUAACCUUUUAUAACACACUUCUCAGAUUGCCAUGCUUUUUGCUCUCCUGACCAUUUAUGACGCAGCGAACUGA